AUGCCGAGUACGUGUGUACGAAGUGUCUCGCCGAGGAACACCCUGCCUAGACCUACUCCGAAACGGCGUCCACUCAAACGACCGUCAGCUGUAUCACGAAGAGCAACGCGCCAGUCGCGAGACCUCGACGACGACUUGGUAACACCUCGAGCAUCGUCCUUCGACGUGCGGUCAGAGGUUGAUCAGUUGCAAACUGCCUCGAUGACUUCGUCGAUUGUUGUGGAGAGUAGGGACUCGUCGAACAAUUCACCUACUGAAAGUCGGAUAGAUGUGAAUCCACCAGAUGUAACGAGCACGCCGAAACCAUUUCGAUGUGUAACGCGAUCGGCAAAAGCAAAACGGAUACGAUUUUAUCGAAAUGGUGACCAGUACUACAAGGGACUCUGGUACGCUCUACGUGGCGAUCGUGUUCGGAGUAUGAAGCCGUUAAUGGAAGAUCUUGCUAAAACAAUGGGUGACUCCACAGCACUUCCACUGGGCAUCCGACACAUAUUCAGCAUAGACGGUCAAACUCGUAUAACUGAUAUUGAGCAAUUUGAAGAUGGCGAAUCGUAUGUGUGUUCUAGCACGGAGACAUUCAAAUCUGUUGAUUAUGCCAAUGCUCGUGAACCAUAUUGGUGUUUUGCCCUAUCACGAACAAAUCGGCCUAAUGAAGCAGCUAUGUUGGGCCUUUGGGGAACAGAACAUGUCGCUGUCGAACCUACUCACUUCGUAUUUCCACGAAUUAUUACUGUCAUUCGUAAUGGUGUGAAGCCACGGAGAGUUGUACGCCAUUUAUUGAACAAGAAAACUGCUAGAUCGUUCGAUCAGGUUAUGACUGAUCUCACAUGUGUCGUCAAGCUGGAUAGUGGUGCGAUCCGAAAACUAUUCGCUCUGGGAGGAACUGCGGUGUUGACUUUGCAAGAUUUCUUCCGAGAAGAUGAUGUUUUCAUUGCGUAUGGUAACGAGCGAGCUAGCGCUGACGACUUCUUUGUAAUUUCUGAAGAAUAUAAGCGAUUGUACUCUGGUGGUGCUCGUCGAGGUGGUCGACGAGGCACUUCGUCUCGUCCUCGUGUGAUGCCUGCCAGAAAUGAAAGUUUAAGAGAAGACCGUUGUGGAAGUGUUGUUCCAGACGAAUUAGCACGUAAUCUUCCUGCUGAAUUGGAUGAGAAAUUCUCUGUUUUACGACUUCUCGGGGAUGGAAACACCGCCCUCGUGUACGAAGUUAUGGAUAGAUCAUCACAAGAGCACAGCGCACUGAAAGUGAUCGCCCGCGAUUCGGCUGUUGGAAAGGUGGCGCUAAUAGAGAGCGAAUUGGCAAUUAUGAAGAAGAUCGAACAUCCGUAUAUCGUUAAAAUGUUUGAAGAUUGGACGAUUGAUGGCGCAUAUUAUCUCUCGCUUGAGCUAAUAGAGGGUGGUGAUCUUUUUGAGCAUCUCUGUGUUGUGCGACGAUUAGCUGAACGGCAAGCUGCUCGAUUGACGAAAGGCUUAGCUCAGGCGUUAUCUUACCUUCACGAUAAUUCCAUUGUUCAUCGAGACGUAAAACCUGAAAACUUGUUGUUGUAUACUGCCUCACAUGGGGAAUUUGAACUAAAACUUGCUGACUUUGGUCUAGCAACGGAGCUACCUGAAGACGGCGGAAAGCUGUCGGUUAUCUGUGGUACGCCUACCUAUGUUGCAUCAGAAGUUAUACUCGAAACUGGUUACGACGAAAAAGUGGAUGUAUGGGCAACGGGAGUGAUACUGUAUGUGAUGUUGUGCGGUUUCCCACCAUUUCAGAGUUCCGACGGAACACAAGAUGACUUAUUCGCCCAAAUAAUGCGUGGACGAGUAAGCUUCCCAUCUCCAUCAUGGGACAAGAUCUCUGCCUCCGCCAAAGCGCUCAUUCUACUCCUCGUGAACACCGACAAGGAAGAAAGGUUUUCUGCUCAGGAUGUGCUGGAUAACCAGUGGAUCAAGACCCUCUCCGACGUACCGUCAGACUUUGAGUCAAUGGCUGAAUUCAUAGUUGAAUCAAGGAUAGACGCUGAUGCGGACGUUGAAGAGACAGAUCGAGAGUACUUUAUGAGCCGACGAACUAGUAUGGACGAUUUGAGUGAAAGUGGACGAGCGGAUAGUUAUGAGUUUACGUUUUCUCGGAACUACAGCUAA